UACGUCACGGGAUCGUCGUAAACAGCGCCGCAUAUCCUUGCCACUGUGAGCGAGCGCGAAUGCAACGCCGCGCUGCCUCAGCGUGCUACCAGCUCGGCGAUAUCGGCGUACGCACGACUGAAACGACCGCCCUUGGCACAGUAUGUAGCAGACGACCCAGUGUUAGCGAUUGCCAUGAGCGCCGUAGAAGACGACGCAGCCGCGGUUGCGGAUCGGCUCACCGCCAAGGAACAAGCCGCCCUCGAUCAAUUCCGAAUCUCAACGGCCGAUCUUUCGCUACCGUCACGGGAAGACUGGUACCUGGUCAAAUGGCUGCGUGCCAGGAAGUUCGACACAAAAGCGGCAAGGAAAAUGGUGGUCGAGCACAUCGCCUGGCGGAAGAAGAACGAGGUGGACAGCAUACUGGAGGACUACCAACCACCCAAGGUGCUCCUGGAGUACUUCCCUGGCGGCUUCGUGGACUGCAGCACUGACGGCAGGCCGGUGCUCAUAGUUCCUGUGGGACAGGCAGACUUCAAAGGCAUGCUUGAAGCCGCAUCGCGCGCUGACCUUCUACGUCACUGCACGUAUCUCCUGGAGUCACAAGAGGAACUCAAGAGAAAUCUCACGCUGCAGAACGGCGGCCCUCGGAUCGAAACCAUGCACGUAGUGGCGGACAUGGAAGGCUUUUCAUUCUGGCAGCUUUCGUCUCUCGAAGUUGUGUCGGCGCUCACCGAUGUGGUUCGGAUGUACGAAGACAACUUUCCUGAAAUUCUGGAGCAGGCUUACCUCGUCAACGCGCCCAGCUUAUUUCCCCUUCUGUGGAACAUCAUCAAACCGCUGCUGACUCAGAGGACCAUGAGCAAAGUGCACAUAUUUGGAAAAGGUGGUUGGCAAGAGCUGCUGACGAGUCGCAUGAACGUUCAGCGGCUUCCCGUACAAUGGGGCGGCAAGCUGACGGGACCGGACGGCGAUGAACGCUGCAGAAACCUGAUCUGCCCAGGUGGUACCAUCCCGGACAAGUACCGGCGAAAGCGGUCCGAAGCCGCAGGUGCCGAGUCGCACACCGUCGGAGCUGGCAGCAGCUGGACUCUGCCGGUAUCCGUGGCGCGAGCAGGCUCAGAGCUGCGGUGGGAUUUCUGCACGUCGAGCGGGGACCUGAAGUUCGCCGUACGAUUCAGGCCUAACGAUGGUGGCGCCGGAGACGUGGACGAGUCCCGCGAUCUGGUGCCUCGCACGAUGGUCCCGUGUUCUCGCCGCGAGCCACACAGUGGCAGCGUGCACUGCCACGAGCCCGGAACGUAUGAGCUCGUGUUCGACAACUCGUACAGCUGGCUGACGCGCAAGGAAGUAAGCUCCAGUGUGAAGCUGCUGCCUCCGCCGACGAGAAGCGAGACCUGA